CCAGGAGACGGAAUCGGAGCAGCAUGUCGGCGCCUGGACUGUCAGUAGAGGAGAUGUUGGAGAGGCUGAGGAGGGAAGCGGAGGUGCGGGGGCCUGGCUGGCUGCAGGAGCAGGUUGGUGCCUGCAUAGUUUCACCUGCUCCUGUGGCUUCCCCUAAUGUUCGGGCUGCCCGGCCGCGGCGUGGUAUUCCUCCGGCGCGCCUAAGCCCUGAAGUCACCCCCCGGGCCCGGCGCCGAGUAGGGAGCCCCUCUGUGGACCCUCGGCGGCGGGGAGCGGCCGCUAGGGCUUCUGCGAGCCGCUCCCGCCGUGGGAGGAAUCCCGAUACGCGGCGGGGCCCUGUGAGGAGUGGGACGCCCCUUCCCCCACUCCCUGCGGCCGUGCAGCAGGAUUCGGGACCGGGAACGGUGGACCGGCCCAGUCCCUCCUUUAGCGGGCGGUCCACUCGGCUGUUUGAGGAGGAUCGGGUCCCUCGGACUGCGUUGGUGGAGGACGAAUACCGGCGCAGGUCCAGAGAAGAUUUGAGCAGCGUGGAUGAAGGUCCCCUUGCAGUGGCGGAGGCUCGGUGUCCGGCCAGUGUGGUGCAGAGGGUCGUGCAAGUGGUCCAGGAGGAGCAGCCGUCGACGUCCAGGAGCUAUGAUGGAGCAGUGUCCGUGCGGCAGGAGUCAGGACCUUCGGCAGCGGGAGUCACAGCGCCCGUGGUGCCUGGUCGGAUGGCGGCGGCGUUGGUGUGGAUUUUGGGGCACUCCUAUGUGUUCUGGGGUGCGAUUAGAGCGGAUGUGAGGCCGAGUGGGCGGCAGUUGGGGGUGAGUCCGGAGUUGGCUACGGUCCGGUGGUUAGGCGUCAGAGGUAUGUUGUGGGGCGGAGUGUUGAGGGAGGUGCAUCGUUUCGUUCGUUUAGAUCGUCCUCCUGAUGUGUUGGCGUUGCACGUGGGGGGGAAUGAUUUAGGGAAGCGUCCGUUUAGGGAAUUGGUUCGGGAUGUCAAGUUUGACUUGCUCAGGAUUUGGGCGUUGUUUCCGGGGGUUAUCAUUGUCUGGUCUGAUAUUGUGCCGCGUAAGGUGUGGAGAGGAGCGAGGUCGGUAGAGAGCCUGAAUAAGGCUAGGAUUAAGGUGAACAGAGCGGUGGGCCGUUUUAUGGCGAGGAAUGGUGGUGUGGUGGUGCGGCAUGAGGUAUUGGAGAAGGGUGAGGGUGCGUUUUGGAGGGCAGAUGGGGUGCACCUGAAUGCGGUGGGUACGGAUUUGUGGGCUCUGGGGCUCCAGAGUGGAGUGGAGAUAGCUUUGCGGAUGUGGAGGGACGCGCAGGGUUGAGGUAGUCAAGCUGCGCGUUCUUGGAGGCGGGGGAGGUCCUUGAAGUGGUGAAAUAUGGUGGUACUUGAGGAUGGGAGGGCCCCGCGGGAGGGG